AUGGAUGAGGAAGUGUCUAUAGUUAAGGAAGUUCAAGGAACUCUUAGUGCAGUAAUUCUUCAAAUGAUGAAUAAUGAGACUCGAAAAGUAUGCUUUAGUCGUUGCUUUGAUGGGAAAUUUGGGGAUUCGCUAACAAGAAAUGAUCAAAUUUGCCUUGCAAAGUGUAUGGAUAGGAUGUAUGAAGCUCAUACAAUUGUAGGAAAAGCUGUAGCUGAAGUGGCCCAAUCAUUAAAUAAUGAGCUAUCUUAA